GCCACUUCACAUCGAUGCGUUGCUACCUUCUAAAGUGGCUCCUAGACUAUAAUGACUGCAGUAGUGGCGAUGAGCACGACGACGUCACCGAAGACUUCGCUUGCCAAGCUCGUGCUGUACCCUAAGCCUAAGCCCUUCAAGGUCAUGGUGCUAGGUCAGUCCGGAGUGGGUAAAUCUGCUCUCGUGGUUAGAUUUAUUACUCGAAGAUUCAUCGGCGAAUACGAUCCCAAUUUAGAGAAGAUCUACGCAUUCCAAACUGUCAUUGAUAACGAGAUGGUUUAUUUUGAAAUAUUAGAUUCAGCUGGCGAAUCACACGAAAGUGAAUACGCGAAUCUCGAGAGCAACAUACGUUGGGCGGAGGCGUUCAUUCUAAUGUAUUCGGUCACGGACAAGUGCUCGUUCGACGAGUGCCACCGACUCAAAUUCCUCAUCAACUACAACAAGAGGAGACGCCGACUCGCUUCCUCUAUGAGGGAUUCUGCUAUCGAAACCCCAGUAGUGAUGGUUGGCAACAAGGUAGACCAAGUUGGCGACCGAAUGGUCACAACUGAAGAAGGCCAGCGGCGAAGCAAGGAGAUCGGCUGCGUGUGCUUUCACGAGAUCUCAGUUAGGGAGAGCAUUGACCAGGUAUGGGGUGUAUUCCGUGAUGCGCGGCGGUUCUGGCGCGUGAGCAGCAAAUGGUCGAAGAGAGAUGGUGAGAGACAUCCUCCAGCACUGGGACGGCCCCUGGCACGAGCGUCAUCCGAUACGACGCCAGAUACAAACGCCGCACCACCUUUCUGUCGUCGAUGGACAGAAAUGGAAUUAGAUGAAGAAGAUGAAGUGUGCGUCGGUCGCAGCGAUUCUACAUCAUCAUCAGGCCGAUCGGAGUGUGGGGACGAGUUUCGAGCUCGAGCUAGCACGGACUCACGACUCCCGCCGAGGCCUGCGAGGCCCAGACACCCCCUACCGACACGACCAUUCCCUGCACCAGUCAGAAGAAUGAGCGUCGCCAUGAGGGGGAACAACGCUAGCACGUAUUAAAACAGAACUACUGUUAUAUGACCAAAGUUUAAUAUAAUAUUAUGUAUAUGUAAAGUACGAGUGAAUGUUGUGUGUACACUUGGUGUAAUGUCAG